AUGUGGAAUAAAAUCGUGAACUUAAAUAUAGAAGGACAAGAUUUGAUUCUUGAGCCUAAGAAUCUUCGAUGGAACAGUGAGGGAGGAUAUCAAACUGUACAGUUACAAAACACUACGGAUAGUCGGUUGGCUGUUAAGGCAAAAUGUUCAGAUAACGAACUGUAUCGCGUAAAUCCCGUUUUUGGAUUCAUUAAUCCAAGACAAAAACUAAAAGUCGAUAUUGUACGGCAAAAAGCAGUGCCCAAAGUUGACAAAUUAAUUUUUGUCACUGUGCCUGCCAACAAUGAAGACUUACUACCCAAACCAUUAUUCAAGCAGUACGAAGAUAAUCAAAAAAUGACUGUUUUACCAUUGCUCGUUGCACGUGCUAUUUAA